CUCAAAAAGCUUCAAGCUAGAUUCGCCAUGGACCAUUAGCUUCCAAUUCUACGAUUUGGGAAAUUAAAGUUGGAUGUCGUCCGAUGAGGAGAAGAAGAUAUGGGGGGAGCUUGAGAGGGAUGUGGAGAGAGAGCUGGAGGAAGAAAUCAAGGAUGGGAUAUGCAAGCUUGCUCUAAGAUUGCACAGGCUUUAUAGUGACCGGAAAGAGAGAAAUAACAAUAAUAAUGGUGCAAACUCAGAUGAUAGCAAAACCCUUUCAGAAGUCAGCAUAAAUAUAAGAAUGGAAGGAGGGACCAAGAUUGAGAUCAAGGAAAUCAAGAAAGAAGCCCGCCGGAGCAGUACCCGCCGCGGCGCAAUAACAGUGGCGCCGCCUCCUCCGCCGCCGCCGCGUGGCCAAAAGUUCGACUGGCCCAAUACCCUCCGGUCUGGACCGAGUCAUCAUCCCACCGGUUACAACAAGCAGAUUGAGAAAAGCAACGCAACUACUGCAUCGAUACAGCGCAAAAAGAAGAAGAAUCUGGGAUUAAUUAACGCCCUUGAACUAGGAUGGAAACCUUAAUUAACUCUACUCUUUAAAUCUUGUUAACUCCGAAAACCCUUUUCUUUUUCUUUUUCUUUUUCUGCUUUUCCUAAUUAUUAUGCAUCAUGCAUGGUGAAUGACGCAUAUAUGACUUCUAAGACUUGGGAACUUUAAUUUGCUGUUUGUUUGUGCUCAGUGGUGUAAUAAUAAGUGGCAUGCAUGAGGUGAGCAUGACUUAUUCUUCCAUG